AUGAGUCGUGCAUUGCUUCCCAAGCACGUCGCUGCCGUCGUGAGAAUCCAAAAGGACCCUCUGAAAGCGCUCGAGAUGUUCAACUCCGUCAAAAACGAGGAAGGGUUCAAGCACACGCUGUUCACGUACAAAUGCAUGCUCCAAAAGCUUGGCUUUCACGGCGAGUUCGAGCAUAUGGAGAAGUUACUCUCGGAGAUGCGAGAGAAUGUCAAUAACGAGUUGUUGGAAGGAGCGUACAUUGAAGCCAUGAAAAACUAUGGUAGGAAAGGCAAGGUUCAGGAAGCUGUGGACAUAUUCGAACGCAUGGACUUCUACAAUUGCGAUCCUUCGGUUCAUUCCUACAAUGCCAUCAUGAAUAUUCUGGUUGAGUUUGGGUACUAUAACCAAGCCCACAAAGUGUAUAUGCGGAUGAGAGAUAAAGGGAUUCAAUCUGAUGUGUACACCUACACCAUAAGGAUCAAGUCCUUCUGUAGGACUAGUAGGCCUCAUGCUGCUCUUAGGCUCCUUUAUAACAUGCCUGAACUUGGGUGUGAUUCAAAUUCUGUGGCUUUUUGCACUGUGGUUGCUGGGCUUUAUGACAAUGGUGACCAUGAUCAGGCACGGGAGUUGUUCGAUGAAAUGCUUGAACGGGAUUUGUGUCCCGACAUUGCCACGUUUAAUAAGCUUGUGCAUGUGCUUUGUAAGAAGGGUCAUGUUUCCGAAAGUGAGAAGCUUCUCGACAAGGUUUUGAAGAGGGGGGUUUCUCCCAAUUUAUUCACCUUCAAUAUCUUCAUUCAAGGGCUUUGUAGGGAAGGUGCUUUCGACAGGGCUGUUAGGUUUUUUGCUAGUGUGUCAAGGGAAGGAAUGAGUCCUGAUGUUGUUACCUAUAAUACGUUAAUAUGUGGGAUGUGUAGGAAUUCUCGAGUUGUAGAAGCUGAGGAAUAUUUGCAUAAAAUGGUUAAUAAUGGGUUUGAGCCUGAUGGCUUUACCUAUAAUAGUAUUAUUGAUGGAUACUGCAAGAAGGGGAUGGUACAAAAUGCAAAUAGGAUUUUGAAGGAUGCCGUUUUUAAGGGUUUUAAGCCUGAUGAGUUUACUUAUUGUUCAUUGAUUGACGGGUUAUGCCAGGAUGAUGACCCUGAUCAAGCCAUGGCUGUCUUUAAAGAUGGACUAGAAAAGGGUUUGAGACCAAGCAUUGUUCUUUACAAUACCUUGAUUAAAGGGUUGUCUCAGCAGGGUCUUAUUUUGCCGGCUUUGCGAUUAAUGAAUGAGAUGGCAGAAAAUGGUUGUCAACCCAAUAUAUGGACUUAUAAUUUAGUUAUAAAUGGUUUGUGCAAGAUGGGUUGUGUAUCUGAUGCUAAUCAUCUUAUUGAUGAUGCUAUUGCCAAAGGGUGCCUCCCAGACAUAUUUACCUAUAAUACUUUGAUUGAUGGCUACUGUAAACAGUUGAAGUUAGACAGUGCAACUGAGAUAGUAAAUAGAAUGUGGAGUCUGGGCAUGACUCCUGAUGUUAUCACAUAUAACACUUUGUUGAAUGGACUCUGCAAGGCUGCAAAAUCUGAAGAAGUAAUGGAUAUUUUCAAGGCAAUGGAGGAGAAGGGGUGUGCUCCAAACAUAAUUACCUACAACAUUAUCUUAGAAAGCCUUUGCAAAGCUAAGAAAGUAAUUGAAGCCGUAGAUUUUCUUGAGGAAAUGAAAAACAAGGAUUUGAAACUGGAUGUAGUUUGUUUUGGCACAUUGAUCUCUGGAUUCUGUAAAAUUGGGGAUCUUGAUGGUGCUUUCCAGUUGUUUAGAAUGAUGGAAAAACAAUAUGAUGUUUGUCAGACAACAGGGACAUAUAACAUCAUAAUCAGUGCAUUUUCUGAACAGCUCAAUAUGAAUAUGGCCGUGAAGCUCUUUUCUGAGAUGAAGGAAAAUGGCUGUGACCCAGACAACUAUACUUACCGGGUCAUGAUUGAUGGAUUUUGCAAAAAGGGAAAUGUUACUGAAGGAUACAAUUUUCUUUUGGAAAAUAUUGAAAAGGGGUUUAUUCCAUCACUGACAACAUUUGGACGGGUUUUAAAUUGCCUUUGCAUGGAGCACAAGGUUCAUGAAGCAGUUGGUAUCAUCCACCUCAUGUUACAAAAGGGUAUUGUCCCAGAGACUGUAAAUACAAUUUUUGAAGCUGAUAAAAAGGUGGUAGCAGCACCUAAGAUUGUUGUGGAAGAUUUGUUGAAGAAGGGCCAUAUAACUUAUCAUGCCUAUGAACUACUAUACGAUGGUAUUAGAGAUAAAAAGAUACUUAAGAAAAGACUUCCAACUGUGACUUCUCAUCGAGGGACCAGGUCAUCGGCUGUUGAUUAG